AACUGUAUUAAAGUGAUGGCUAUGUCCCCCCGUCUCCUUCCAGCUGAUAAUGAUCAUGAAGAAAGUGAGUGACUUCAACGAGACACGGCCCAUGGACGUGGCUGAGCCCUGGUUGGACUGCCUCCUGCAGGAGGAGUUCUACAACCAGAGUGACAUGGAGAAGUUGGAGGGUCUUCCUGUGACUCCAUACAGGGACAAGGUGACCAAAGCCAUCCUCUCAGACAAGCUUCAUUGGCUUCGUCCAAUUACCUUUUCAUGGAGCUGGCCAACCUCUUCCCCUGACUGGAGGUAAGAUCUCCGUCUCCGCUGUAGCAGCACGUCAUAAACCCGGUGCGUAAAGGCCCUGGACUACUACACAGAGAUGGAGAAAGCACCAGAGAGAGAGAAACUGAUCUGAGCACCAAGCGACAAGGCAGCCGCAGCCAAGAACAAGGAUACUACACUUCAGAACCCUCAGAACACAGCAUAGUGUACUUAGAUAGUCCAUCAGAGACUGGGAACACCUAGAAACCAGCCACAUUGUGACGGCCUGCUGAUAGGCUAGUCUACAGUAUGAUCAGGAGUAA